CCUCCCUGGACUGGCACCAACUUCCAGGCCAGGCCAGCGGAGUUCCAGAAAUCCGACCAUAGACACUAAACACCAGCAACACCAUGUCGAUGACGCUGGGUUACUGGGACAUCCGUGGGAUGUGUCAUGCCAUCCGCCUACUCCUGGAAUACACAGACACCAGCUAUGAGGAAAAGAGAUACAACAUGGGGGACGCUCCUGACUAUGACCAAAGUGAGUGGCUGAGUGAGAAAUUCAAGCUGGGCCUGGAUAUUCCCAAUCUGCCCUACCUGAUUGACGGCACUCACAGGCUCACCCAGAGCAACGCCAUCCUGCGCUACCUCGGCUGCAAGUACAACCUGUGUGGGGAGACGGAAGAGGAGAAGAUUCGCGUGGACAUUUUGGAGAACCAGGCUAUGGACAACCGCAGGCAACUUGGCAGUAUCUGCUACAGUCCUGACUUUGUAAGUGUUCCCACUGGACAGGACCUGGCAGGGCAAGCUCUCUCCCCAAAGUUGUGUCUAUGGCUGCAAAGCUGUUUGUUCUUUCAGGAGAAGCUGAAGCCUGACUACCUGAAGGGCCUCCCAGACAAGCUGACAGUGUACUCCCAGUUCCUGGGGAAGCAGCCCUGGUUUGCAGGGGACAAGAUCACCUUUGCUGAUUUCCUCGUCUAUGACAUCCUGGACCAAAACCGUAUAUUUGCUCCUGGUUGCCUGGAUGCGUUCCCAAACCUGAAGGAUUUUGUGGCUCGAUUUGAGGGUCUGCCGAAGAUUGCUGCCUACAUCAAGUCCAGUCACUUCAUCAGAGUGCCUAUGUUUUUAAAGUGUGCCACAUGGACUGGAAAAUAAGACUCUGGGAUGAGGUGGAAGGGGCUUUGGUGGGGGGGGGGGUCUCAGGCCCCCAGCCCUGCCUCAGCCUUCUCAGUUCUCUUCUUCCUCUCCCUCCUUCUCCCCAGCCUGCUGCCCCCUAUCCUCUAAGCCAGCCCCUCCCAUAGAAGCCCUGGCCAGCCUCAGCUCUGCCGUCUUCUUCAUCUGCAGCCCCUGUGCUGCUCCUCCUGCACUAAGGCCAACCCCAUGGCCCUGUCUCUGCUGUGGGGGGCCCUGAGUAGCCUUAAGCUCCCCAAACAGCCAGAGACAUCGCUGGGCCUGUGUUGGCCCUGAUCUGCUACAAGGUCUCCCUGGCACUGCCUGCUCCCCAGAAAGCCUACACCUCAACCCGGGCCUGUCCUCUUCACUGGGAGCCCUGACUUAGUACUGGUUGUGGUGGAGUUUGGGGGGUUUUCUUUGUUCUAUUGCUACAGCAGGGCUGGGGAAGCAGGAUGCUAUGUGUGAGUGUCUGGUCAGCUGGGGUUCCAUGGUGUCUUGGUCAUUUCUAUGCCCUGUACAUGUUGCUCUGUUCCUCACCUCGGGUUUCUCCCUCCUUCUGCCUGGCUCCUCAUUUUUGCAGCAUGGUGCCAGGGCUUGAAGCCCCCUGCAGCUGGGCCCCGGUUCUGAGAACUUCUGGGCUGCUGGUGAAGGUGCAGGUGGUCCUUAGGCACAGCCCCUGGGACAUCCUCCAGGGUGCCUUCCCUCAUAUGGAUAUUCCUGGUGUAUAUUUUCAGACUGUUUCUCAAUAAAGCUUAUCCCACUGAGUAUA